GUGCGUACUGUCGCUGGCAACUGGUUAGAAGCAAGUGUUUACAAAUCAUAAGCUGUACAGUUUAGAUACUCGAGACUCUUAACUUCAACAUUUUUCUCGGUACAUAUCACGAAAAUUCAUAGUGAUUACUUAUAAUCGAGCGAAUGAUGGAGAGCCGAGAGGACACUGUUAGGGUGAAGGAAGAGCUUAACGACAUUUGCCCAGAUACGGACGACUAUAAUUUCGAUUUGGUGGACUCUAGCGAAGUCAAAAACGUUGAAAAAUUCACGUUUCAUAAAUCAUCAGAAAAUCACAUGAAUAAGGUUAGGACGUUAUAUGAAAAAUUAGAUGAAAAAAUAAUCGUUGAUUUUGAAUGCAAAGAUGUAAAACCUGAACUACCGCCUCUACUGACAAUUAUCUGCAAAUCUGAGUAUCAAAGUUGCUUACCUAUUGUGAAAAUAGAAAAGCGAAUUGAAAAAAAUUACCCGGAUGAAAGAAGGCCUAUAAUUUUAAUUAAAAAAGGGUUCAAUUACGAUAAUAACUGUCAAUUUAAAGAAAAGUUUCGAUUGCCACUUGACGAAUCCAAAAAGGAUAGAAUAAUUGAAAAGGGAACUCGUAAAAAAUUAUCAAAUAAAUUGAAAGCACGUAAUACGACACAUAAGAGCAUUAAACUAUAUGAAUGCGAAAUUUGUCACAAGUCAUUUGGACAAACAGGAAACCUCAAAGCUCACAUAAUGACAAUACAUGAUGGUAAGAAACCAUUCCAAUGUGAUAUUUGCCACAAAUCAUUUGGAUACCAGAGUCACCUCAAAUCUCACGUAACUGCAGUACAUGAGAUUUGUCAGAAAUCAUUUGGACGAAAAAGUUCCCUGAAAAUUCACAUGACUGCAAUACAUGAUAGCAGCAAACCCUUUGAGUGUGAGAGAUCAUUUGGAUUAAAGCAGUUCCUCAAAAGUCACAUUGAUAUCGUACAUAAUCAGAUCAAAGCCUUUGAAUGUGAGAUAUGUAAAAAAUCAUUUGGAUACCAACAUCUACUCAAAAGACACAUUAAUGCAGUUCAUAUUUGUAGCAAACCCUUCCAAUGUGAAGUUUGUUACAGAUCAUUUAGCCGCAAGGAUAAUCUAAAAGCUCAUAUUAAUUUAUUACACAUUCGUGCCAAGUCCUUCGAACGUUAA